AUGUACUAUAUGCUUUACCUGGCAAGCCUCUGUCGCCGGCGACGCUGGCCAGAACCCUCCUAUGAAGCCUACGCCACCACAUCAGGCUACACAUGCGUCGUUCGCGUACACAACCGCGAAUAUCAAACGGACAUCACCUACGAGUCAGAAGUCCUCGCCCGCGAGAGCGCCGCUAUGCGCGCGUACCUGAUUUGCCGCAAUUUCUCCGUGAACGACGGUAUGUACCCGGCGGGGCAUGACCAUGGCGGUGUCGUGCAGGGGAUCCCCGUUGCCAUCGGUACGGGUCGCAAGUCCAGCCGUGAUGAUGACACGGAUACCUCGUUCAGCAGCAGUGGGGGUAGCUGGAGUGGUGGGAGUAGUCCAGAGCGGAUGAUGCGGACGGAGCAUGGCAGUGACUAG